UUUCGGUGAAAGAAUUUCGUUUACGAAGACCCGAAAUGGUAUGGAUUCAAGUAGUAUUGAGUUGAAGUGGUAACCGAUUCUGGUAUCUCCACAGUGUAGGGGACUUUCCGACUCUCUGCAGAUAAAUUUAGUGGCUACUGUGGUUUUUAAUUGCAAUUCAUGGGUUUGUAGACAUUUUGUUAAUUUUUAUAUCAAAAAGAAAACCAUUUGGUGCAAAUAGAAUACAGCGUUAUAAAAAUAUGUGCGUCAUCGCAAAGAGGCUUACUGAAUGAGAAAUGAGUUGAAGUAGUUUCCUCUUUGCGUUUUUCGUAAAAUAGUAGUUCAAAGUCAUUUCAUAUUAUACGCCUAUAAUUAAGGUAAGAGUAGUAUGCCAAAAAUUUACUCAGUACCUAUUUUCGCGAUACCCUAUUAGCUCCUCUCAGCCGCCUCCUCUGUAUGUAAGUAAAAACGAUGUUAACAAGAAAGUGUUAAUUUCGUGUCUGAGAACUUGAAAUAUGAUAUUCCUUAAAAAGAAUUAUGGCAUGCUGCCCAUUUCACUUCGCACACAUUCCAACAAACGAAAAAGUAUACCACACUUUAGAAUUGGUUGUCAGGGCAACCAAUUAUGGUCAAAACAAAUGCUAGCAUUGCGGUUCCCAGAUGUGUUACAAUGAGAAAUCACAGUUACUCGAUUGCAAUUGCCUAUCCAAUAACAAGCAAAAUUUUCACGCUCUCAAUAUGGCUACAGAGGAUUCUUGGGUCUUGGAUUCGUUGGUGUGUUUCUUGCAUGGGCCCGUCUGGAAUGCGCCUCUGCAGACUUUCAUAGAGGAAAAAUCGUUAGUCUUCGAUCCCAAUAUGCAUAUCAAUGAGGACAGUCCCGAUAUUGUGGCGAUUCAUAAUGAGUAUAAAAAUCUGGUGGAUUACAUGUUGGGCAGUUUCAUGGAGGAAAUGCAAAUCACGCCGGAACAAUUUGAGACUGCCUGCAUGGAAGGUAGAAAUCCGGACAAUCAUUUGCACUUUCACCAGGGACUCUUUCAGCAGAUUUGGGCAGCGAAUGAUAUCAAAAUGUUUAUACGCAUGAUGACCCAACGGAAUGUAGAGCUGCAACUACAAGCCUUGGAUUUGAUAGAGAAAAAUCAAUUGGCACUGCUGCAGGAAAGUGACGCGGUUGACAGUGCUAGUCCCACUGAAAGCAGCAGUUCAAAUUUUGAGAAAUAUGAUGAAGUCGAAGAUUUUAUAGCCAAAUCUGUAGAGAAAGAACUCGGUAGUCCCGAUGCGGCCGUAACACCUGAACCGGAGAAUGCUGAGGCAAGCGUGAGCGAUAAGUUUGAGCGCCUGAAUUUGUUCUUCGAUAACCAAAAGGUCAAUCCCGACGACGUUGUGUCGCGUCAAGAAUAUUUGCGUCAGCAGCGUGAUAAAAUUGUUGAGAUCAAAAAGAAGACACGCGCUAAACAACUUUCGGAGACGGUGGCACGUAGAAGUGCCUCAGAGCCCACAUCUACCGGACGUCCGUCAUCGGCGCAAGUGGCGCAAAGAUUGCUGGAAAACGGUGGCAAACCCACGGAGCUGCUAGAUAAAGCAUCUAGCGAAGAAAUUGCCGGUGAGCCACAAAACUCAGCUCUACAGUUGCGUAAGACUCUGGCCAAACGCUUGCGUGCCGAAGUUGUGGAACAACAGUAGAUACAUAAUUGAAAAUGAGGCGUUGUAGAGAAAAUCUUGCACUUUUUCACAUUUUAGUGCAAUAUACAUACAUACAUUAAUAUAAAGAUGGCAUAAAUCGAAAUAAGUAAUUUAAAAUAUAUACGAACAUUUCUGAAAUACAAUUUUUCUUUGGAAAUAAAUGUGUCUCUUGAAAAAGUGAGGAAGGUUUGUUCGUGCUUUAUUUUCUAUUGAUAUGUAGUUCAGUAAAAUACUAUUUUAUUAGAAUACCUCAGAUAUUGACCCACUAUAUACGUCUACGUAUACGUAUUUACUAAAAAUUGUAUAUCGAUUUAAGUGGAUUUAAGGAAGGCAUAUAUUAAUUUCUUUUAACUUAUAACCUGAACAGGGUAUUUAAGUUUGC